UGAGAUGCGUUUCUGUAGACCUUUCUACAAUUCUCCUCUGAUUCAGAGCUACUACGUGGCUCAUCGACAGGAACUUGAGUGUUUAUCAAGAGGCAAAUGGGACUCUGACUGCCUGAUGGUCGAUGGGAUGGUUUCCCAGUUCGGAGAGCAAGUUGAGGAGCUGUGGCGGGGGGAUGAAGGCGGAACUGGGAAAUACCCACCUCCUAGUUUACGGGCACUGCUGGAGCUCUAUUUGCUAGAAGGCGUUGAAGAAAGCCACAAACAUGCAAUCACAAUUUACUUGCUGCUAGACAUCACGCAUUCCUCUCCAACUAAAACAGAAACUUCAGUCGACUCCUUCGCAGCCGCCUUUGCCAUCCCUUUGGGCCUUGUUAAGCUUAUUCAAGGUUUUUGGUUUCUAGACCACAAGGAUUAUGAUAAUUCCCUGGCCCUGCUCUUUGAACCAGCUGCAAUCAAACCUGUGUCGUGGCAAGACGUGAGAAUUCUUCAGUCCCUCAUGUGCCAAGGAGAGCAUGGGCGAGCCCUCACCUACCUGCAGAUGAUGAAGCCACCAUUCGCAAGCAGUCGUGAAGCGCGGCUUUUCCUCACUGUGCUGUUGUCCAAUAGGUGCAUGGCGGAGGCUUGGGGUCUGCUGCAGCAACACACCACUGAGAUAAACGUGGAAGAGCUAUGA